AAGCGACGUUUAAUAAAGAUUAUGGUUCCACCAUAUUUUCUUUUUGUUGAAUAAAUACAAUAAAGUAAGGGAUUGAAAGAAACACAAACUAAAGCAAUGUCUUCCUCUGAAGAUUCGAACAAUGAGAUUGAUGAAGAAAUCGACGAAAGGAAACUAAUCCGCCAGGAUUUAAGUUCGAUGAGUUUUGAGGAGAUCAUGAAACUUAAAGAAGAAUUGGGAGCCAAACUUUAUAAAGAAGCAAUUUUGGGUAUUGAGAAACCAAAAACCUCGAGGAACCAAAAAAAUGCGAAGGAUUUGAAAAGGCUUAAUAAAAAUAGGCCUCGUGAACAAAGUUCUAAGAGGCCAGUGCCCUUUCUUGGAGCAGAAUUGCGUGGGAAAAGUAAAAAUGAUUUACAAUUACGUGAUCCUCGUUUUGACGAAAGAGCCGGAAAUUAUGAUGUAAAUAAAUUCAAGGAGAAUUAUAAAUUUGUCAGCAGUAUACGAGAAAGUGAAAUCCUUGAAUUGAAAAGCGAACUAAAUCGCGUUACUGAUCAAGAAGAAAAAGAUCGCAUAAAAAAAGUGAUGCAAAGAUUGGUUAACAAAAAUGUAGAAGAAAACAAAUGGCAUAAAAAGCAACAAACGUUGAAAGAAGAACAACAGGAAAUACAAAAGGCUAUAGCAGAAGGAAAGAAACCUCACUAUUUAACAAAGAAGGAGAGAAAUGCAAAAGAACUAGUGGCUCAAUUUGAAGAGCUCAAAAAGCACGGGAAGUUAACGAAACAUCUGGAAAAGCGCCGUAAAAAGAACAUUGCCAAAGAUCGCAAAAAAAUGAAUUUCGCUUAAAAACUUUUAUACUCUUAUGCACUCUUUUCUCUGAGCAUCUACAACAGCACGUCGCUCGUCCAGAAAAUUUGCAUAGUCUUCAGCCUUAA